AUGAAAGGAAAUUUGAAUGGGCGUGUGUCAGUCUUUACUGUUCAGGUCUUUCCUGUGCCCUCCUCAGCCUUCACAGAGCGGCGACAAACAACAACUUUUACUGUUUCAGGUCUUUCCUGCUGCGCUCCUCAGCCUUCACAGAGCGGCGACAAACACAACAACUACAGCCGUGUCUAUCUGAGAGAGAGGGAAAUGAAAAGGAGGCUUCAGAAGAAAUACUUCAUUUUAAUUCUAGGAUAUUCCGUGUUACUUCUGUUAAUUCCGUAUAUGCUGGACUACAGGAGUAAAUCAGAGCAUAUUAAACAUGGUAAGCAACAGCCGAGGUGCCCCGACCUCGGUAUGUGGAAUAACGGGGACAAGUUCGGCAACACUACGGAUACCGUGGAAGAGUCGGUAGUCAACAGGACCCAGUCUAAAAUACACGUUUAUUUACAUGCUACAUGGAGGACGGGGUCAUCGUUCUUAGGAGAGUUAUUCAAUCAACACCCCGAUGUGUUUUAUCUCUACGAGCCCAUGUGGCAUAUAUGGCAGGCUUUAUAUCCAGGAGAUGCGGUCAGUCUACAAGGAGCCGUGCGUGAUAUGAUGAAGGCGUUAUUACGAUGCGACUUCUCAGUUUUAAAACUGUACACAGGGAGUCAAAAUAUCACCACGUCUUUUAUAUUUGGAUGGAGAAAGAACAAAGUGAUCUGUUCGGAACCUCUAUGCGAGGCGUACAAGAGAAACGAAGUGGGAUUAGUCCAGGAUGACGUCUGUGGAAAGUGCCCAAGGAAAGAUAUCAAGGAGUUAGAGAAGGAGUGCAAGAAGUAUCGCGUCGUGGUAAUCAAAGGUGUGCGGGUUCUGGAUCUCGGUGUACUCGUCCCGUUAAUCAGAGAUCCCGCUUUAAAUCUCCAGAUCAUUCAGUUGUUUAGAGAUCCGCGGGCAGUACACAAUUCACGACUGAAAUCGAAACAAGCUCUGGUCAAGGAGAGCAUACAGGUACUGAGAAGUAAAAAACAGACGGAGAAAUACAAGCGUCUGCUGUUGCCGAACAAAAGGGGGAACCGGGCAGAGAAUUAUGUCUCCAGCGCGAUGGAGAUAAUAUGUGACAACUGGUUGAACGAUAUGAUGCUCAUGAUGAAUGCGCCCCUCUGGGUAAAGAGGAAUUACAUCAAGAUCCGUUACGAAGACUUGGUUCUACACCCCAUGGAGGAACUCAAGAGACUUUACACCUUCUCCAACCUCUCGUCCUUUCCUGCCAUGGAUAAGUUCGUGUUGAACAUGACCCACGGACACGGUUACUCCUCAGACAAACCGUUUCUAAUAUCGUCCAGAGACGCUAAGGAAGCCAUCUUCGCAUGGAGAGAGCGGUUGAACAUUGAACAGAUCUCCCAAGUGGAAGACUACUGCAGUGAGGUCAUGAGACAACUGGGCUAUCAGAAGAACAGUGUGGAUCAAACAUAGACAAUUACAGCAUCAAGAUGGUGGUGAUGAUGGUGCCUGAAAUUCAUGGGAGAAACUACGAUGGCAGGAGUGUCAGACUGGUGCCAAGGGAAGAGGAACUGAGAAGCAGAAAGACUGUCGGGGUCUGUUUUCUUCAGCCAAUCCCCUGGAGAGAGAGGAUACACAGGGAAGGAGUCCGUCACGGGCUGGACAGCGACACGUCAACAUGAAGAGGACUUAGAGGGACAGAAUCGUGUCAAUGCUUUAGAUGCUAAAAUGAAUUGUUGCUUCCUGUUUUGUGGAUCUGUCGAAAAAUAGCAGUAUCAAAUACUUUUAUUGAACAAGUUGUCCUCCACUGGCCUGAACUCUGACGCCUGGUUUCAUGAUUGUUUCUGUGACAGAACUCAACCCCAUCGGUCACGAUGUCCGAUAUUUCUUGAAGUCCAUGAAGGUGUUUCGCAGAGAUUGAUACUAGAACCUGCUCUUUUCACUAUUUAUAUAAAUACUGUUGGUCAAUUUGUUAAUAAAAAAUCAAAAAUCA